ACAUUCGGAGGAGACUCGUAACUAGAGUAGAAUAAAUUUAGUGAUCGGUAAAACUCUAUAUAUUUUUUUUUGUAUAUAUAUAUUUCUUUCUUAAGUUUUUUACUCAAGCAAACGGCAGUGGAAAUGCCUAAAGUUAAAAAUUAUAAAAAAAAGAAACCGUUUCCGGAUCUCGCGGCCGUAGCCGACGCUUUGGAAUGCGUCAACGUGCAGCCAGAGCUGGGCCAAGGAGAUCUCCUGCGUCCGGUGGCAGGGGCAGUGGCAGUGGCAGUGGUCCCGCCCCGGCCAGCGGUCAAGCCCAUAAAGCGCGGUACACUGGGCAGAAUCGGGGAGAUUGCAGUGAACUAUCUGCAAGUGAACAUGGACAGAAUGCCGGCAGUGGCGUACCACUACGAUGUGAAAUUCGUGCCGGAACUGCCGAAGAAGUUCUACCGGGAGGCCUUCGAGCAGCAUCGCGUUCAGUAUUUGGGCAAUGCUGUGGCGGCCUUCGAUGGACGGGCCUCGUGCUACUCCGUGGACAAGCUCCACUGCCGAUCGCAGGGCGAGCAGGUUAGCGUCUUCGACAGCUAUGGACGUGAGCUCAAGUAUCUGGUGGAGAUUAUGGCGACGGCGGAACCGGAGGUCGACCUAAGCUCCCUGCGCACCUACAUGAGGGACAGGAUCUACGAGAAGCCGAUGCGUGCGCUGCAGUGUCUGGAGGUUGUGCUGGCCGCGCCAUGCCACAGCAAGGCGAUACGUUCGGGUCGCUGUUUCUUUCAGAAAUCCGAACCGGGAAAGUCCCAGGCCCUGGGCAACGGCGAGGAGAUUCUGCUGGGCCUCUUUCAGGCGUUUGUGCUGGGCGAUCGUCCGUUUGUGAAUGUGGACAUCACACACAAGUGCUUCCCACUGCCGAUGCCCAUUAUCGAGUACUUGGAGCGCUAUCAGCUGGGCCAGAAGAUCACGGCCCAAACGAAUCUCGAGAGCAAGCGCUCGGAGAUAGAUGGAUACCUGAGUGGCGUUGCCAUCGCCUAUGCGCCGCCAGCAUCAUUCGCAAGUUUCACCAGAGUCUACAAGGUGAAUGCGCUGACCAAGCUGCCGGCCAGCAAGCAGACAUUCGUGGCGGAUAAGGGCCGGCUGACCGUGGCCGAGUACUUCCAGUCCCGUGGCCACAGUCUACGGUAUCCGAAUCUGCACUGCCUGCACGUUGGCUCGCCACAGAAAACAAUUUAUCUGCCCAUUGAGCUGUGUGCCAUUGAGGGCAAGCAGUCGGUGAAUCGCAAGGACUCCACGCUGCAGUCGGCGGCAAUGAUUAAGAUUGCGGCCACAUCCACGAACGCACGCAGGUGCAAGAUCAUGGAGCUGCUGCAGUACUUCAGCCACAACACGGACCCGACCAUAGCGCGCUUUGGCUUUCGCCUGCAGACCGAUUUCGUUACGGUGCAGACGCGCACCCUCAGUGCCCCCAUUAUCCAGUAUCGGAACAGGGCCACAUGCAUGGUGAGGCACGGCUCGUGGCGCAACGACUGCUCGCAUUUCUACGAGUCCAAGCAGAAGGCGCACAAGUGGGCCAUCGUGCACGGCGGCCUCAACUACAACAAGAUGCGGGACCUUGAGCAGUUGAUCCUGGCACAAAGUCGCAGCGUCAAUUUGUCGCUGGCUGCCAAGGCAAACAUACGAGCGUACAGGGACAUCCAGAGCCUGGAUCCGCACUUCAAGGAGUACAAAUCGAGUCAGUACGAUUUGGUGAUUGUCGUUGUGCCCAAUGCCGGCCAUUUCUACGACGAACUGAAACAGAAAGCCGAACUGCAGUACGGGAUUCUCACGCAGUGCAUCAAGCGCAACACCGUCGAGCGGAACUGCAAUCCGCAGGUGAUUGGCAAUCUGCUGCUGAAGAUCAACUCCAAGCUGAAUGGCAUCAACCACACGCUGAAGCUGGAUGGGUGCACCGAGCUGAGGAACGUCAUGUACCUGGGCGCCGAUGUGACGCAUCCGUCGCCCGAUCAACGCGAAAUACCCAGUGUGGUGGGCGUGGCGGGAUCUCACGAUCCCUUUGGGGCAUCCUACAACAUGCAGUACCGCCUGCAACGCUCCGCUUUGGAGGAGAUCGAGGACAUGGAGUCGAUAACAGCCGCGAUUUUGCGCACCUAUCAUCACUACCGGAAGUGCUAUCCGGAGCACAUUAUGUACUACCGGGACGGGGUCAGCGAUGGGCAGUUCCCGAAGAUUAAGAACGAGGAGCUGCGCGGCAUCUCCGUGGCCUGUGCCAAGCUGGGCAUUAAGCCGAAAAUCUGCUGCAUCAUAGUGGUGAAGCGGCAUCACACGCGCUUCUUUCCGAGUGGCGCCCCCUCGCAGCACAACAAAUACAACAACGUGGAGCCGGGCACCGUGGUCGAUCGCACCAUAGUGCAUCCCAAUGAGGUGCAGUGGUUCAUGGUCAGCCACCAGUCCAUUCAGGGCACGGCCAGGCCGACCCGCUACAAUGUGAUCGCGAACACGGGCAGCCUGGACAUUGACCUGCUGCAGCAGCUGACACACAACCUCUGCCACAUGUUCCCCCGCUGCAACCGCGCUGUGUCCUACCCGGCACCGGCGUACUUGGCCCAUUUGGCUGCCUCCCGUGGGCGGGUGUAUCUCACGGGCACCACGACGUUUGCGGCGCCAGAGCUGGAGUACAAAAAGCGCUUGAUAAGCACGAGCCUUACAUCGAAAAAUCCAAUGUACUUUAUUUAGUUUUGUUUAGUUUAGUUUCGCUUGUUUAAAUUUUGUUUGUUCAACUACAUAUAUACAUUUAAAAUCCAAAUAAAA